AGCACCAUGUUGACACAGAUAGCAGGCGUGGAUGAGGUUGAGUUUGAGAUAGAGAUAGCUCUUGAGGAGCAGCGAGGAAUUCAGCCUCUUCCUUUUCCUAAAAUGGACAAGUCGAGUGCUUCAAUAUGCAAGUUUUUCCAACGUGGUAUAUGUUACAGAGACAUAAGUUGUCCCUUCAGACAUACGAGCGGUCCUAAGACAGUUGUUUGUAAGCAUUGGUUGAGAGGUCUUUGUAAGAAGGGAGACGAUUGCGAGUAUCUACACGAGUAUGACAUGACCAAAAUGCCGGAGUGUUACUUUUUCAGCAAGUACGGAGAAUGCAGCAACAAGGACUGCCAGUACCUUCAUAUUGACCCUAACUCCAAAUUAAAAGACUGUCCGUGGUACGACCGUGGUUUCUGUAAGCACGGACCCCUCUGUAAAAACAGACACAUCCGACGUGUCAUGUGUACUAAUUACAUGUCCGGUUUCUGUCCAAUAGGACCUAAGUGUAAGUCCAUGCAUCCCCGGUUUGAGUUACCAAGAGUGGAUACUAAAGACAACUUGAACAGGGUCAAAUGUCAUCAUUGCAAUGAGCCUGGUCACGUGAUCACACAUUGUCCGCUCCGAAACAUCCUCCCCAACCAACCCAGUACCAGCAUUAACAAUCCGGUCCUUAAAACUAUUACCCCUGGUAUGACGAUUGAAGUGAAGAGAUCACACGAUCAUUCGGACACACCCCCUACUCCAUUCAACAACACUCUCGUGCCCGUUAACAAUUCAGGAUAUGUUGCCAAACCCCUGCACACUGUUACCUGUUUCAAGUGCGGCGAGAAGGGACACUACGCAAAUAAUGAUCAGGUCCACGUGGUAAAACAAGGAGUGUUAGGACUCCACCUGGACUCCAGCUCUCACAAACUAAAGAAACCUAAGAAACUUACCAGUAGGUGGAGCGUACUGACUAGAUGCGAGAAAACAGGACAACACACACUGCACGUGUGUAAAACAGACUCCCCUGAUUCCAGUGUUAAAGAUAGCUUCCCUGUUCAGACUUCUUGGAGUAUCAAGAGUGCGCACUGUUUGAAGAGCUCUCAAAGAAUGGAUAUCUUCAAAGAAGAAGGAUUUAUAAUACACAUGGGCCGACAAGUAGCCUACAUAAGCUCCUCUUCAAGAACUGAGGUGAAGAGUUGGAUGUGCGCUAUAUUGGAGGGCGUUACAUUAGGUUUUGAGUACCACUGCAAGGUAGGAGAGCACAAAACCCUGGGAAUAGCUGGAGAGUGCAUGUUGGUCCUCACUCCUGAGUGUAUUGCUCUACUCUGCCCUCUUACUGGGGCUCCCUUAAGGAAGUGGCCCUUCUUCUUACUCACUGGUUGCAGUGUAGUAGACGACACAGUUUACUGGAUAACAAGUGAGUGUGAUCUGCCCUUCAAAGCUACAAUUAACCAGCACAACAUAUUUACUCUGUACAACGUGCUCUGCAGAUACCUAUCUCACACCAACUCUAACGUUCAGCCAGACAUAAGCAUCUCCAAACCGGAGACCUCCAGAAAGGCCCGAGUACAGAGCCCGGCUGAGAACAAGUACACAGUAAGAGAGAUGCCCCUCCAGAACCCCCCACAACCUGCUGCAACUUCUCCACAAGGUCUCUGUACCAACCAGCUCUAUCUCAGCCAGGAGACAUGCUCUGAGAAGAUGAACUACGAAUUGUUGAGUAGUAACCAUAGUGAUUACAGUACGGGAGUCUCUUCUACUGGGUCUACUUAUGACAGUGAUGUGUACGAACUGAUGGAGAACAGUGGAGCACCCGGCCACACUACUGACUGUAUCUACGAGGACAUGACCUCCACCUCUCCUCUUACUGAUGAAGGUUACAUGACGUCCUCUGGAAGCAACUCCAGCAGGUUCAGGUUCUCGUCAGCUGGCAGAUCUGCUGCUGUCCGUCCUAUUCCUCUCUCAGUUUAUAUGAACAUGGACGGGAAAUCAAGAGACCAGGAAGCUACUCUAGUUCCGGACACGUCAUCAAGAGGGGUGUCUCGUGAGACGUCGCGCGACGAGGAUGCGACACUGAGACCACCUUGUUACGAGUAUAUUGACAUUGAACUGCCGGACAGGGGCCUCCUCUCGCCGGUAGCACCGCCUUGCUUACCUAGUCGCAACAAGAAACCAUCAAAACCAGACAUUUACACCACCAGUACUCCGCAAGAAGCGACACGUAACCCUUCGGGGGAAUCACGCGACAAACAACUCAGCGAAGGAUUAAAGUCUUAUCAGGAGCAGUCGCGCCUUCAGAAGGAGGUAAUGAUGAACUUCUCAGCGUCUGUUUUAGAAUCGAACUCUCGGAAUGAUAGUUGUCAUAGCAGGGCGUUCAUGAAUUCUGCUGUAUGAGAGACUAGAUCAUACGACUAGUUUUAGUUGCAUCCCCUUUUAUAUUGAUUUGUCUGCGUCAGUUUUAAUUAACUGAACCGAAAGCUACUUUGACGCAGAUUUCAGAUUAUCCUGAGCUAGUUUGUAACCCAUUGGAAGAUGAGUCGGUUGCCUAGAGACUGAGACGUUGCUAAUGAUAGAACGUGAACCGAGAAGAUUAGUUAUUGAAAUUGAUGUCGGUCGUGAAUUUAAAGACAGUGGAUUGUUUAGAUUUUUCAAUGAAGCAGAAAUUGCCAUUCAAUUAAUAAAGUCCUACAAAUUUCAGUCGAUUAAAUGUAUUUGUUUUAACCUAAUGAAAAACGAUAUGCUUGAAUGUUAAGUACAUUUGUUUCCACAAAUACAUUUUUCUGGUCUAAUAGAUUUUAUUGACUUUGAUUCCUACAGUGCUAAUAAUGCAGUCAACCUUCUUCAGUGUUCGCUCAAUAGGAAUAAUUUAUUGAAUUUGAGGUACAAAUUGUGUGUGUUGUUGUUUAAUCGUUAUUGUUUGGAUCUACUAUAAAA